CCCCGUCCUCGAUCCUUCUCUCACUCUGCAGGUUCACCUCAACCCAGAGCAGCAGAACCAAAGGACCCAACCCAGAACCAAAGAUCCAAAGUACUGUAUAUUAACAUGUGCAGUUAAAUGUCUUUCAGGAAUGGGAGCAGGACUAUUUACAGAUCCAUGGAGGACUUUACCAGGGAGCGAGGAAACGUUACGUUUUCUAAAACAAUACAAGCCUCAAAACGAACAAGCGACACGUCUCAGAAUUCUGCUUAGUGGACCAGAUGAUGCUGGGAAGUCCAGUUUCAUCAACUCUGUUGACAGCGUUUUUCAAGGCAGAGUUACAGAUCGAGCACCAACAGAUGCAAUAUCUGGAAGUAGCUAUACUCAAAAAUAUAAAACUUACAAAAUCUACAAAGAGCCUCAGAGCUUCUACAAUUUCAUUUUCAAUGACAUCAUGGGCUUCGAGUCAGACAAAGGGGUCCGAGUGGAGGAUGUCAAAUUGGCCCUGAAGGGACAUAUAAAGGAAGGUUAUGAGUUUAAUUCUGAUCACCAUCUGAAUGAGAAUGACAACAGUUACAACCCAGCUCCCACUAUGGACGACAGAGUUCAUGUCCUGGUUUAUGUCGUUCCUGUUGGCUCAGUGUCUUUACUAAGUGAAGAUAUGGUGAAGAAGAUGAGAGAAGUCAGAAUGGCAGCCCGUGACCUGGGAAUUCCUCAACUGGCUAUUCUCACCAAACCUGAUGUGGCCUGUCCAGAAGUGAAUGAGAAUAUAAACAAUCUCCACAAAAGCAAGAUCCUGAAGGAACAGGUCGACAAGUUCAGCGUGUUGUUGGGGUUUCCCCUGAAGAACAUUUUUCUGGUGAAGAAUUACAAUUCAGAAAUUAUUACCACCAAUGACAUGAACACUCCAAUACUGAGCACACUGAGACAGAUGGUCAUGUUUGGAGAAGACUUCCUAAACGACCAGUAAAACAAAACAGAUCCUCCCACUGUGGUUUCACAAGAAGAAAAAUAGUUUAUUAUAAAAGACACCAAACUGUGAGGUGAAAAAAACUUUUCAAAUGACAAAGCACAUUUAGAUAAACCAAUUCAUUAUUUUACACAUGCACAGACUAAUUAUGUUGACAACUUUUGAAAAUUGGUCUGUAUAUCUGAAUUAAAUUUAUAUUUGUGGCAAUGUGACCGGUGGCUUUCUGCGUUGUGUAGUGGCUUUAAGGAUCGACUCACAGCCGGGAUUCACGGUCGUCCUGUUUAUUCUGAUAAACAGAAAUAAAACACAACCCACACCAAGGUAAAAAUCCGCCCUCUCUCCUGUACCUAAAAGCACCAGACACAAACUGAAGUUAGCUUGAUUAGUGCAACUUCAAGCAAGAGGUGCAGCCCACAUUUAUCCCCAAUACAGAAAAAAAACAAAGAAGAAGAAAUAAAGACGAGGCCUCCAGUUCUGUGCUAUCAGGUAUUACGUAUAUAAUUAGAUAUAAGAUAAUAUUAUUAUACAGUACUAAGAUCAGAUUUUGUGUAAUUAUAACAAUUUAUCAAUAUAACCGGUUACAGUGUUCUGUUGUACAGAACACUGCACUCGAUCAGUCGAUUUUACUGAUCACAUUAACUCAACAGCAGAGGAAGUUUACUACUUUAUCAUAAAAAGAUGUUACUUUUUGUUUUUGUUUUUUUUUGUUCCAAUUGGUGACUGAAUGUUUCAUACAAGAAAGAAAAAGCAAAAACUAAUAUUCUUGUUUACUAUACAAUUUUUAUACGUAAAUAACAAUUACUUACACAAUAAAGACUGUGUAUAAAAGUC